GUUUAGUAUUGAAUUGGAACCAAGAGAAAAAAGGUUCGUCUAUAGAGGAGGUUCAGGCUUCUUUUGUUGAAGUAAGGGUAAACAAUCUGAUUCGCUAUUUCAUAAGAAUGGACUUAGUGAAGUCCCCUAUUUUGUAUACCAGAAAAAGAAAUGAUCGGGGGGGGGCAGGAUUAAUAUGGAUCCCGGAUAAUGGAUCAGAUCGCACUAACCUCAAUCCGUUUUCGUUUUCUUCCAAGGCAAGGAUUCAACAAACAUUUACCCAGCAUCAAGGAACUAUUCGUGCGUUGGUAAAUCGAAAUAAGGAAUCCCAACCUUUGAUCAUUUUGUCAUCAUCUAAUUGUUUUCAAAUGGGUCCAUUCAACAGUGUUAAAUAUAAUGACGGUGUGACAAAAGAAUCAACGAAAAGGGAUCUCCGAAUUUCCAUUCUAAAUUCAUUGGGCCCUUUAGGGAUUGUGCCUAAAUUUGUGAAUUUUUCUUCUUAUCAUUUAAUAACUCAUAAUCAGAUCUUGGUAAAAAAAUAUUUGCUACUUGACAAUUUAAAACAGACUUUCACUUUCCAAGGACUUAAAUAUUAUUUACUGGACGAAACUGGGAGAAUUUAUAAUCCCAAUCUAGGAAGUCACAUCAUUUUGAAUCCAUUAAAUUUGAAUUGGUUUUUUCUUCAACACGAUUAUUGCGAAGAGAGAGCGACAAUAAUUAACCUUGGACAGUUUAUUUGUGAAAAUGUAUGUAUAUCCAAAUAUGGACCACGCCUCAAAGCGGGUCAGGUUCUAAUUAUUCGUGUUGGCUCUUUAGUAAUAAGAUCGGCCAAACCCUACUUGGCUACGCCAGGAGCAACCGUCCAUGGACAUUAUGGUGAAACCCUUUCUGAAGGAGAUACAUUAGUUACAUUUAUAUAUGAAAAAUCGAGAUCUGGUGAUAUAACGCAGGGUCUUCCAAAAGUGGAACAGGUUUUAGAAGUGCGAUCGCUUGAUUCAAUAUCAAUGAACCUAGAAAAACGGGUUGAAGGUUGGAACGAACGUAUAACAAGAAUUCUUGGAAUUCCUUGGGGGUUUUUGAUUGGCGCAGAGUUAACCAUAGCACAAAGUCGUAUCUCUUUGGUUAAUAAGAUUCAAAAAGUUUAUCGAUCCCAGGGGGUGCAAAUCCACAAUAGGCAUAUAGAAAUUAUUGUGCGUCAAAUAACAUCAAAAGUUUUGGUUUCGGAAGAUGGAAUGUCUAAUGUUUUUUUACCCGGAGAACUUAUUGGAUUAUUGCGAGCGGAACGAACGGGACGCGCUUUGGAAGAAGCGAUCUGUUAUAGAGCCGUCUUAUUGGGAAUAACGAGGGCGUCUCUGAAUACUCAAAGUUUCAUAUCCGAGGCGAGUUUUCAAGAAACUGCUCGAGUUUUAGCAAAAGCCGCUCUACGAGGUCGUAUCGAUUGGUUGAAAGGUCUGAAGGAGAACGUUGUUCUGGGGGGGAUGAUACCUGUUGGUACCGGAUUCAAAGGAUUAGUGUAUCAUUCAAGGCAACACAGCAAUAUCCCUUUUGAAAUAAAAAAGAAUAACCUAUUCCGAGGGGGGUUUAGAGAUAUUUUGUUCCAACACAAAGAAUUAUUUGAUUCUUACAUCCCAAAGAAUAUCCACGAUCCAUCAGAACAAUUAUUUACGGGAUUUAAUGAUUCCUAA